GUGUAACUUACUUAUAGGGGCCUACAGUAACUAGUGGAAAACAAGAGCUUCACAUUGGCUGACAGCCUGAUUGAAGUAUAUCAAAUUUAGUGUGUUUGUGUGUUUAAUCAUAAGUAAGGCAGGCAUGAGACGAAUGCAGAUUUAUCAUGACUUGGAAAAUUCGGAGUUAGACGACGUAUUUCCGCCAAACUCGUUGGGUUCAGAGAUGGAUUCAAGUACAGUGAAAAGUGUUGGAGUUAUUGAACAGCUAUUGCAAAGUCAGUGUGGAAGUUCAAGUGAUGUUUCAGAGGCUAGAGGACACCUCGCACAAACUUCACUGGAGAGUAUCCACUCAAACGUAACCAGGUCACGAUCUUUUAAAACAAAAAAUAGUUCGUUCUUCAGUUUGGGUCGCUCACUGUCACUAAAACGUGAACCAGGGACAGGGCGAGUAUUCAGUUUUGAUGUCGAGAAUGGCACAGGACCAGCUGGCCAUGGCCUUGAGGGGUCCAGCCCCUCAGGGAACCGUUUGGUACUGCAGAACCUUCCUCAGCGUCGAGAAUCCUUUCUAUAUCGCUCCGACAGUGAUUUUGACAUAUCCCCCAAGUCUGUGUCGCGACACUCCUCCAUGCAAAGUGAAAUGUAA